AUGUCUCUCCGAGAGCGGCAGGAGGAACAGCUUCACCAGGCAGUGCUUCUCUACCUCCAGAAGCGGUUCCCGGAGACUGCCAAGGUGUUCCAGGAUGAGGCGAAACUCCACGGAGUUGCCGCAAGCGCGUCGACGAACGCCACGCGGCGAACGAGCGUGGGGGGGGAGGGCGCUUCGCGCGUCCGAGCAGCAGGCGGGAAACUCUCUGCCUCCCUCGACAUGGACGCAGACCUCCUCCCGCGGCGCUGGGCGGCCACCGCUCGCCUGCAGGCGACGGUGACCAGUUUGCAGAAUCAGCUGACUCGCCAGCAAGACCAGAUCGCAUUGCUGAUGGCUGCGGCUGCGGGGCGUUCUCCAGAGGACACAGAGACGAAGACCGCGCCUUCACCGCCCCCUGGAGCUGGAGCGAACGGAGCAGUUGAAAAGGGAGCCGAGACAGCGGAAGACGCGAAGAAAGGCGAGGGAGAAGAUCGGGGGCCAGCCAGUGUGGGCCUUCCAGCCGGCCCCGCCGUCUACGUGCUCGCUGGGCAACGAUGCCCGGUAAACGCGCUCGCAGUACACCCGCUGCUUGCGCAGCUGGUCACCGCCGCCGACGAUGGCAUCGUCAGGGUCUUCCACAUCAUGCAGAGGGAAGGCAAGUUCGAGAGACAAUUCAAGGCCCACAGCGCAUCCGUUAAUGCCGUCGCCUAUGACCAAUCCGGCCGCUGGUUCGGAAGCGCCUCGUCAGAUAUGACGGUGCGAAUCUUCGAUGUCCAGCAGAACUACGAACCGUACCGAACCCUCCAGGGGCACAACGACAUCGUUUCUGCUCUCCAGUUCUGCUCCCUGGCUAGCUCUCGCCUGGGAGCCGAGCCGGUCGUGCCCAGCUACGGCGGGCUGCCGGGGAGCGACGCCGCCUCUUCGCCUGCGGCUUCUCUCUUUGUCUUUUCCUGUUCGCGCGACGGCGCAGUCAAGCUCUGGUCGCUCGCCUCCGGCCUCUGUCUCCGAACUUUUGCGCCCGCGCCCGAGGAGUCUCUCCUGGGCGCCGGAGGUAACAAGGAGGCUUGGAUCCGAGAUGUCGCUGUCCCCGAAGAUGCCCUGAAAGCCGCCAAAGUCUUUGCGAGUUGCGGAAACGACCAAAAAGUGUGUCUGUGGAGAUACGACCUCGGGCUUCCGGUUCGGGAGAUGGCGGGACACUCGCACGUCGUCGAGAGCGUCGUCUUUGCUUCGGAGAAGAUGCUCCGCCUUCUCCAUUCUCACAAGCAAGCGCCUGCACUGCUCCCCGGCAGCAUUCUCGAUGAAGCCAGUCUCCGAGAGUCGGAGAAGGCGACAGGUACCGGCAGCGUCUUGAGGCUCUGCGGCCUCGUUCUCUUCUCAGCGUCCAGAGAUCGCACCUUGCGCAUGUGGGAUGCGAUGCAGGGUUCGACGAUGCGAGUCUUUGUGGGCCACGACAACUGGGUCCGGCGAAUCGUCCUUCAUCCAGGCGGAUCCCACAUUAUCUCAUGCAGCGACGAUCGCUCCAUUCGCUGCUGGAACAUUUUGUCCGGUGCAUGCGAAAGAGUUCUCUCAUCGGCCCAUUCUCAAUUCGUCACUUGUCUGGGCUUGGAUCCCACGACUCAACUUCUCGCGAGCGGAUCCCUCGACUGCACAGUCAAGCUCUGGAGCUGUAAUCGUGCUCAGCAGAUGGAACUGGCGGAGAAGGAGUUGAAAGGAGAUGGACCUGCGUGA